AUGCGAUCCACUCCAGCGCUUACGGUCCGAGUUUUGACCCAUAAUAUCCGAUAUGCUACCAACUUUCCUUUCAAGGGGGAGCAGCCAUGGGCACAACGCAGGCAGUUGUUACUAAACGAGCUUGAGUAUCAUACGCGUCAUGUAAGCGGUAGUUUUAUUUGUUUGCAGGAGGUCCUUCAUCGACAACUUGAGGAUAUUCGCGCAGGACUCAACCCAAGCCUGGGCUUCUCGGCGCCGACCUGGGCCUAUAUUGGAGUCGGACGAGACGAUGGGCACCAAGCGGGCGAAUAUUCCCCGGUCUUCUACCAACCAUCUGUCUGGGAUCUCCAACAUUGGGAGACUGUCUGGCUCUCUGAGACUCCCUCGAAGCCCUCGAAGAGCUGGGAUGCGGCCUCGAUCCGCAUUGUCACCAUCGGCGUCUUCACGCAUCGGGAACAUGGCAAUACUGUGCUCGCUAUGAACACACACUUGGAUGACCAGGGAUCACGUUCUCGUUUGGAAGCGGCUCGGAUCAUACGUGCCAAGAUCCAUGAGUAUCAAAAGGGUGAAUUCGGAGGCUUGAUCUCCGCUGCUUUUCUAGCGGGAGACCUGAACAGUGAGGAGGACCAGGAGGCCUAUUCUGAUCUGACAGGCUCAGGAAUCCUACAAGACACGUAUAAACAGGUCGAUGCAUCUCGGCAAUAUGGGAAUCAUAACACAUUCACUGGGUUUGGAUAUGGAAAAGCACCUCCGAAGCGAAUCGAUUAUGUGCUUCUAGCCCCUGCUGGUAGUCAAAAGUGGCGAGUGGAUGGCUACUCUGUUCUCCCCAACCGCUUCGAUGAUGGAGUCUUUAACUCAGAUCACUGCGCUGUCGUGGCCGAUCUCACCCUUGUAGGCUAA